AAAUUUGCAACUAGACCGAAAAUCGGCAAUUCUGCAGAUUCAAACCCUGGUCCGGUUAUCGCUUAUAUGUUUAAAAGAAAAAAAACGUGCACACAUUGGAAGGUAGUAGAUGGAAACAACAUAUAAUUGUUUUCAAAAACCGGAGCUGAAGAAUCCGCCAUCUUCGUCUUCUUCAAUCUUUCAACUUUGUUAGCCAUGAAUUGCGUGGAUUCUUCUUCUUUAGUAUUCCCAUUAAAACUGAGACUCCACCACCACCACUCUUUGCCUCUCCUAAACCAUUUUCAACGACGCCAACCUCUCUCUUCCUACCGCUCCCACUUAGCAGCCACCAAGAAACCACUCAGAAAAGUGCACUGUGAAUUCGAACCCAGAGUUAAUGGCACUCUCUCUCCUGACUCUGACUCCCGUUUCCUCGACAGACAAAAAGCAUUGGAGACUGCAAUGAAUGAUAUAAAUAGGUCCUUUGGGAAAGGAAGUGUUACAAGACUGGGGAGCGCGGGUGGAGCACUGGUUGAAACUUUUCCAAGUGGUUGUUUGACGCUAGAUUUAGCCUUAGGUGGUGGCCUUCCCAAAGGAAGAAUUGUUGAGGUAUAUGGACCUGAAAGUAGUGGAAAAACCACCCUAGCACUCCACGCCAUUGCUGAAGUGCAGAAACUUGGUGGCAAUGCAAUGCUUGUUGAUGCAGAGCAUGCUUUUGAUCCAGCAUAUUCAAAAGCAUUGGGAGUGGAUGUCGAGAAUUUGAUUGUCUGCCAGCCGGAUAAUGGGGAAAUGGCAUUAGAAAUUGCAGAUCGUAUGUGCAGAUCCGGUGCCAUAGAUUUAAUUUGCAUUGAUUCAGUGUCAGCUCUCACCCCACGAGCAGAGAUUGAAGGUGAGAUCGGGAUGCAGCAAAUGGGAUUGCAAGCACGUCUUAUGAGCCAGGCUCUACGCAAGAUGUCAGGAAAUGCCUCUAAAGCUGAUGAAGUAAAAGCAAUUGCAGCUGUAAUAGAGAGGGCAUUGAUUGGAGUAUAUUAUGGGAACCCAGAAGUGACUAGUGGAGGAAUUGCAUUAAAGUUCUUUGCCUCAGUUCGUCUUGAAAUACGAACUACCGGGAAGAUAAAGUCUGUUAAAGGUGAUGAGGAUAUUGGGCUUCAUGUUCGUGUAAGAGUGCAGAAGAGUAAGGUCUCAAGGCCGUACAAGCAAGCAGAAUUUGAAAUCAUAUUUGGAGAGGGAGUGAGCAAACUGGGAUGCAUUUUGGAUUGUGCGGAAAUGAUGGAUGUUGUUGUAAAGAAGGGCUCUUGGUACAGCUACGGGGAACAUAGGUUGGGGCAAGGGAGAGACAGAGCACUACAAUAUUUGAGAGACAACCCUGUUCUUCGUGAUGAAAUAGAGAAGAUAGUUCGGUCGAUGAUGGCUGAUGGAACUGAACAUUUCAGCUCAACUCAUGUAAAGAGCUUGUCACUGCCUCCUCAAGACGAAAAUAUUUAUGAAGAGAUAUGAUAGGAUUGAACCAAUCUUUACCAUCAAGGUUAAUAUUCAACAGAAAAGCAGGGAAAUGUAUAUGGAAGUUGAAUACAGAGGUAACCAAAUUUUAGUUUUGCCUUUGCUCAUUAGAUUUGAGGGUGGAGAGUUUUCAUGUGUUGGUGUUAUAAACUUGGAGUUUUCAUGUAUUUCACUAUGAAAUGACGUAAAUAACCUUCUCAUCGCUAUACCUAACUGGAAGUUAAAAUUAACUUGGAGUCCGUCAAUUAUCUGCUAUAGUUGAUCUUGUAUUGGAUUUUAAGUCCAUCUUCAAUUACUUCAAUUGGAUCUUAAAUUAGCCCCUUGAAUACAAUUGUUAAGGAAUAGAGUUGUGUAUUACCAUUGAUGGUGAAAAAUACCUCUGUUUGAAGUUUGUUUUCAUAUUAUCUUUGGAGUUGGGUUUGAUGAAAGAAAGUUGCAAUGCAAUCAGUGGUUAUACUUUUUUUU